GGAAUUGUAGUCCAAUCAUCAAACUAGCAGGAGAGCAAACCCUCCCCUUAACCAGGACUCUGAGCCGAAGGAUAACUGGCCCUUCAAUGGACGAAAAAACGUUCCUCGGUCUUAAAACACGACCUAACUUUAAUAUAUAUUAGAAUAUAUUUAUACGAUUUAAUGUGGAGUUUCUCAGUGGUGUCAAACAUGCGUAUAUAUCCACGCAGUCAAAGAAGAGGACCACCGAAAACGGAGUUAACGUUAUCCUUUUUAUUUUAAAGUCAAGCUUGGUUGUUAUCGAAGCAUUUUUCCACUUAACUUGCUAGCUAGCGAAAAAAUCCUUCGGACAGGGGCUGGCAACAGGACGAUCAUCAAUUUGAUUCCUGAAAUUGCCUCAUGUCCUGAGCUAUGGGGGCAUUCCUGGACAAGCCCAAGACAGAGAAGCACAAUGCACAUGGCGCUGGCAACGGCCUCCGCUAUGGCUUGAGCAGCAUGCAGGGGUGGCGCGUGGAGAUGGAGGAUGCGCACACGUCCGUGGUAGGCCUGCCCCACGGCCUGGACGACUGGUCCUUCUUCGCCGUGUACGACGGGCACGCGGGCUCGCGCGUGGCCAACUACUGCUCCAAGCACCUACUGGAUCACAUCAUCUCCAGCAGCGAGGACUUUGGGCCGGGCCCCGCCGACGUGGAGGGCGUCAAGAGCGGCAUUCGCUCGGGCUUCCUGAAGAUCGACGAGUACAUGCGCAACUUCACUGACCUGCGCAACGGCAUGGACCGCAGUGGCUCCACGGCGGUGGCUGUGCUGCUCUCGCCCGACCACCUGUACUUCAUCAACUGCGGCGACUCGCGCGCCGUCCUCUGCCGCUCAGGCCAGGUGCGCUUCUCCACGCAGGACCACAAGCCCUGCAACCCGCUGGAGCGCGAGCGCAUCCAGAACGCCGGGGGCUCCGUUAUGAUCCAGCGCGUCAACGGCUCCCUGGCCGUCUCCCGGGCCCUCGGUGACUACGACUACAAGUGCGUGGACGGCAAGGGGCCUACCGAGCAGCUGGUCUCGCCCGAGCCGGAGGUCUACGAGAUCACGCGGUCCAACGACGAGGAUGAGUUUGUGGUGCUGGCGUGCGAUGGCAUCUGGGAUGUCAUGAGCAACGAGGAGCUCUGUGAGUUUGUGCACUCACGUCUGGAGGUAUGCGACGACUUGGAGAAGGUCUGCAACACAGUGGUGGAUACCUGCUUACACAAGGGAAGUCGAGACAACAUGAGUGUGGUGUUGGUGUGUUUGCCCAACGCACCUAAAGUGUCCGAGGAGGCUUUGAGGAAGGAAGCAGAGCUGGACAGCUUCCUGGAGUCUCGAGUGGAAGAUAUAAUGGAAAAGUCUGGAGAAGAGGGCGUCCCAACCAUGGCCCACAUCAUGCACCAGCUUGCCAAAGAGAGCAUCCCAAAUUUACCACCAGGAGGUGGUUUCAACAGCAAACGUAGUGUGAUCGAGGCAGUAUACAACAGGCUCAACCCACAGAGAGAGGAGGAUGAGACUGGUGGCGACCCGGAUGACCCAUGGUAGCCUGAGUGAUGGUCACCUCCCAUCAUCAACACCAGAAUGUCCUCAAUUUUACACAGAAGAAAAUGUCCCCAUUCUGUUUUUUUUUUUUUUUUUUUCUUUUUAAGAAGAGAUUCAUAGGAAAUGUUUUAAGCCGUGUUUGGCCCACACACAAAGGAAAUGGCGCACACACAUGCAUACACACACCAACACACACAUGGUCGAAUGGGCUGGUUUUUGAAAGUUGCAGUUUUGUACAGUAGAUACAAUAUUUUUUUUUUUGUCCUUUUUUGUGAUUUCCCCACCCUUUCCUCACACCUGCUCCCUUGAGACUGCAGUGGUGCAUCAGCGAUUCCAUGAGGGACUUCUUGGCGUGACACGAUGUGGAACCUCCAGGAGGUGUGGCUCAGGUGUCUCCUGUGGUGCACUCUGGGAAAUUUUUUUGGGGGUGGGAGCCUUGCGAGGCAACACGGUGCCAACACAUGUCCAAGUCUGUUUGAGGGGUGGGGGGAGUGAAGUGGGGAGGAUAAGGCUUUAAGAUUCCCCACAUUACUCUUUCUUUCUCACAAACACAGACACACGCAGAUUUCACACAAACUGUCACACACCCCCCACAUUGUUCAAACCUGGCAAAGACAAGCUAGUCCAACAUGGUGCUGUGUUCAGGCUUCACAUGUCUAGUGCUCUCCACCUCCCCUAGCUCCACCCACCCAAUUUCUUCCUGUAAUUCUUCUCGCAGUCUCUGGCUGUAAGGGCACAUCAGCACAACACCAGCGGCGCACUGCGACUGCCUCCCCCUUUGCAGGUGUCUGUUCUCUGGUCCCGACUGCUCCACGCGUACCCUGCAUGCCGAUGUUCCUCGCCUUGAUCAUCAGCGGAGCUGCCUGGUGCUGGCGGUCUAACCCCAAGGAGAGGACCAAGAGUGGCCGAGGGCUGUGGAGGAUCAGCCGAUAGCCCUCACUGUCCCAUGCUCCAUCCCUUCCUCCCACACUUCCUCUGUGUCUCCUUGACCUCCAGCCACAGGACUUACUUCCUCCAUCUUGCCUUCUGUUUUUUUUCUCUCUUAUCUCUUCUCUCUUUUUCAUGGAACUGAGUUGUAGAUUUUAAAAUGGAUGGUUUUCUGGGGGGGGGAAUGAUUAAGCAUUUUAAUGCUCUUUUGAGAAAAGAGUCAAAGGGGGGUCAGAUUGUAAUGGAUAAUGGGUAAUGUUUGGAUUGCACUCACAUUUGAAUACAGAAACCUAUAUAUGGAAAUCAAUAAAAUAUUUGAGAAAGUUAAGAUUGUUAGAGUAUUUCUACAGUACAGUGCAGAUAUGUUUGUAGAUAUGACUCACCUGAAGUGCUCUGAAAAAAAAAAAAAAGACAGAAGUUGAUGUGUAAAAUCUCUUCUCUCACAUGAUCUUUUGUUAUAUUUCUCGCUGUCUUGGGGCAGCUACCACAGGGUAUUAUGAGGCCAUUCUGAGUCAAUGGCCUGCGCUGCCCAAAAGCCUCGCAGCAGCGAGUGACCAGCUACGGCUGUGGCCGAUCUGACUGCAGACCCAGAGGCCCAUAUGUACAGGACUUAAUCCCAGCUGCACUACACACAUAUACAUACAUAAACACACAAACACAUACACUUGUGUAGAGCACUGUUGUCUAGUAGUUGUAUGUUGAUCGUGUGUUCCUGAUGAUGGUGGUGACAGACUUUGUGCACCAUGCCUCACAGCCCCAGCUGCAAUGUGACCUGUCCUUGGGCAGACCGUCUGCUGGGUUGUGUACAUAUAUGUGGAGAGUGGGGGGUCAAGCUUUCUCUCGAGGGCUUACGAGAACUUUUCUGAAACAGUGAAUGGCCUAACCUGCCCCUGGUGUGUAGCUUUACAGUGAGUGUGUAGAUUUAUCACAUGAUUGUAUAUGUCUGUAAUUUUCCCCAUUGGUACACAAACAGCCAUGAGAUUAAAAUAAAGUGUUUUGCAGAAUGGAUUUGAUUGAGAGGUUGUAAAGAUCUAUUUAUCUAUUUUGUUCCCCGAUGACCACUUCCUGGAUAAACACAACCAAUGAGUAGAAUGAUUAAUGCAACCAAACAUUUUAUUUAUUCCUCAAUCAUUUAUUUACCCCCCCCCCCCCACCCCCCCACACACCCUGCUUUCCUUUUCCUGAUGGUUCAUAGAAUGAGGUGUUACAUUGGCAAACAGAUUCCUUAUCUCAAUCUGCUAUUACUAAUAAAGGAUUUCUAUUGAUUGACAUUGA